CUCAAAACUUGGAAGAGCAUGAACUGCUGUCAUAACCAGCCAUGGAACAUCAUCUGCAGUCUUUUCAGGACUACUUUUUUAUACUAAUCUGGACACCUCAACUCUUGACACUUACUAAGCACCUCCCGCAGUUAUCAACGAAAGAUGAGGAGGAUGCUUGCCCCAUUUGCCUUGAAGAUUAUGAUGCAGAGAAUCCACACGUUAUGACAAAGUGUGAACACCAUUUCCAUUGUGUUGCAUUCUUGAAUGGAUGGAGAGAUGAGACACCUGUGCCAUCUGUGACCAGAUAAUGAUGAUCAACACCAGGUAUAACAUGGUGUCUCCUGAAAAGAGUUUUUAGUGGGCAACCCUUUCGAAUGGAGACUCAUCCAAAUGAAAACUUCUUACUCUUUUGUGCAGGACUGUGCCAGAAAAACAAAUGUGGCUAGAAGCAAUUUGAUGUUUUGGUUGAGAGUUUAGAUGUCUGGGUCAAUUUCUUCUGAAUUCCUGUUGUGGAACAGUAGGAAACAAAAAGGGGAGUAUCUGGGUUAGGAUCCUCUCGCAUGCUUGACUCAAUACAUCUGAAGAUCUUGCAGUCACGACAAUGAGCAUAAGGAACUAGUGGUUCAGCACGGACGCACACACACGACUGGAGUCGAGCGUUUGUACGCUUGCCAAGCCGAUACUCUUAUUAUAACUGAUCUGGGCGAAUGCUUUCCUUUGUGUUCGGAAGAGCCUAAAAUGCAUAGGUUUUCUAUUUCCUUGAUAUUGGGAUGUGAAUGUAACACUCUUACCACCCAGUUUUUGUUCUCCAGGCAAGUUAGAGAUCGUCCGUUUGGAGUAUGAAGCGUGAAAGUCCUGUGAAUUGAGUGUCGUCAAAGUUCAAAUUCCACAACAGUCGUGAAUCCUACAAUCCAGAUUGCUAGUGAUGUCAGGCAAAAUUUGGUCCAGGAGCAUCCAUCCCUUGCAAGUCACCAUAGCAGCGGCUUCCUCGUCCUUCUGCAAUGCUUUUGAUUUACGUUUCACAGGGGGUGGCUGCGAUCGCAUGCGCUUGAAGUAGCGAAUAAAGGACCGUGCGAGAAGCUAAGGAGAAGACUGUCACACUUUGUAACGCUGGUAUGGUCUUCUCAUCUUGGGUGCAUGCAUUAGUCAUAAUCAACUAUUUAAAUAUAUCAUGAGGUGGCCCGAACUGGGAGAUCAAAAGUCUUCGUCAUGCACUUUUCAAUGAAAUUAAUGCUUUAAUACGAUGCAAUGGAUCAAAUCGAACUUGCAUAUAUGCAAAUAAUAGAUAGGAAACUAUAUUUUUCUACUUGUGGCCUGUGGUGUUUUGGGCGUAAAGAAGUUUCCUUGUUCGAGAACGAUGGUUCUCUAACCAAUCAUCGGUGCCGCAUUAACUCCCAUCCCAAUCAUGUGGGUGUGGAUCCAUUAGGCUUUGCCCUGAUCCCAAACAUACAACACAUACCGAUACAAAAUUAAGCCGGUGGUAUUGCCAUGUCUAUCCUUGCAAAACUUGUCAUUUAUUCGAUCAUUAUAACGAGGUUUUUUGAGAAGCAGUAGGUCAAAAUGUCCCAAGGUAAUUCGAGAAGUCAAAUAUUAAUACAAGACUCAUCGAGUCUUUUCGACAUCGGGCGUUGUUCUAUUUUCAAUAGAAACUUCCGAUGAAGGGAAUUGCGAGUGCGUACCCACUCUCGCAAGCUGGGACCAAAGACCUUUGUCGUAGGAUCCCAUCCAAUUAUUGCCCCGAAAUAACACGAUUGGAGUGAUCGGAUGACCGGGUUGACGGGGUGUGACGCGGGAUCUGGGCAUGAGGAGUGUUAUUUAAAAUAGUCGUUGGAUGGGAUACUCGGCAUAGACUUUUACUACUUACUCCACCGGGUCCCACGGUUGAUGAAGUCCCGCUUAAAGCACGCCGGACGGGCGCACGGUAAGGCGACGUCCUGGAGAAUUUUGUUUCGCGGUUGCCACGCCGGCGUUCGCCGCCUCCGAUGAAUCUAAGAUCCGAAUCGCAGCCCGGAGGGCGGAAAUCUAGGUCCUCCUUCGUCGCGACCCCGGACCGAUGGGAGAACUCGCGGAGCUCUGCCGCCUCCUUCGCGUCCUCGGCCGCCAUGGGCGGCAGAAAGUCGCCGGUUCGCAAGCGGAACGCGUUCAAGGCCUUCCUCAGGGCGUUCGUCUCGUUCUUCUCCUCAUCCUCCUUCAAGCCUGAGAUCACGUCGCCGAGACCGAGGACGACUCGAACCCUCGAGUCUCCUUACGCAACGCCUAGUCGUCUUUCGCAUUCUAGCUUGAGGGAAUCAAGAAAAGGGACAAUCCAUGGCAGAGAUUCACCAUGGCAGAGAGAAACUGGGAGUACACAGUUCACCAUGGAGGAGAUCUUGAAAGCAACGAAGAACUUCUCCCCAUCGUUAAAGAUUGGGCAAGGUGGGUUUGGUACAGUCUAUAAAGCGACACUUGACGAUGGCACACCCAUUGCAGUUAAACGCGCCAAGAAGAGCACGUAUGAGAAUCAUCUGAGUGUCGAGUUCCAGAGUGAGAUCAACAUAUUGGGACAAAUUGAGCACUUGAAUUUGGUUAGAUUCUUUGGUUAUUUGGAGGAUAAUGACGAGAGGGUCGUUGUUACUGAAUAUGUGCCUAAUGGAACCCUAAGAGAGCAUCUUGAUGGAUUUCGUGGAAACUUUCUUGAGCUUUCAGCACGACUUGAUAUUGCAGUUGAUGUAGCUCAUGCUGUCACAUACCUUCAUAUGUACGCAGACCAUCCAAUUAUCCACAGAGACAUCAAAUCAUCUAAUAUUCUUCUUACUGAAAACUUGCGGGCUAAGGUUGCUGAUUUUGGCUUUGCCCGGUUCGGUAUAAACGAGGCUGGAGUUACCCAUAUUUCCACCCAAGUAAAAGGGACUGCUGGUUAUUUGGACCCAGAGUAUCUUAGAACGUAUCAACUCACAGACAAAAGUGAUGUGUACUCAUUUGGUGUGUUGCUAGUAGAAUUAAUAUCUUCACGGCGCCCUAUAGAGCGUAAACGAGAACUCAAGGAAAGGAUAACAAUAAAAUGGGCGUUGAAGAACUUCCAACAAGGGAAAACAAUUCAAGUUUUGGACCAUAAUAUUCCACAUACUCCGGCAAAUAAUCUGGCUUUGGAGAAGAUUCUUGAGCUGGCUUUCCAGUGUUUAGCUCCUUCAAGGCAAAGUAGACCCAGCAUGCGGAGCUGUGCUGAAAUAUUAUGGAACAUUCGGAAGGACUACAGAGAGUUGUUGUCUUCAGAUCUCCUCUCUCAGACUUCGCAUCAAAGAAACCUUUCCAUUAGCGGAGAUGAAACUUAAAGUGAUAUUAAGAUACGUAUGCAGUAAAAAGUAGCUCAACUUGCAAACUCAGCGCUCUCUAGCAUCACUGGUUGUACAUACAAGACUUAUAGAGAACAUGUCGAAAAGAUGAUUUCAUUAAUAUUUUGAGAAGGAAUGAGUACCGUU